AUGGUUUCUGCCUGGUAUUACAACGAGACCGAAGAGGACCAGCGUGCUCUCCACAAGUAUGAGCCCAGUCAGGAUGUUUCUCUUGACGAACUUGCCAAGCUUGGUGUUCUUCAUUGGACAUUCGAUCCCGAAACUGAGUUGGACAAGGUCAAUGAACUCUCCAAAGAACGUUGUUAUUUUAGUCGUGACGAGAUUAGCAUUUCCAAAGAAACUCUGCCCAACUAUGAAGAAAAGCUCAAGAUCUUCUUUACCGAGCACAUUCAUGAGGACGAGGAGAUUCGCUAUGUUCUUUCUGGUUCAGGAUACUUUGAUAUCCGUAACAAGGACGAUAGAUGGAUUCGCAUUCACACCAAAAAGGGUGAUAUGAUUAUUCUGCCUGCCGGAAGCUACCAUCGUUUCACUCUUGAUGACACCAACUUUAUCAAGGCAAUGCGUCUCUUCAAAGAGGAUCCUAAAUGGACUCCCAUCAAUCGUUCCGAAAAAACCGACUCAAAUCAGCACCGUUUGAGCUAUCUUGAAACUAUAUCCGGUAAGCGUGCUGCUGAUACCGAUCCCGAAUGUAACCUUUCUGGCAAAAAAUUGAAAUCCUUGGUGGGUGAAUCUGUCGAUGUUGAUCCUAUUCAUACACAGUCUGAGCCUGCACCUGGCGAUACGAAAGAAGCAGAGCCUACAUUGAAGAAAGCCGUUAUUGAGACAGUCAAGUCUGUUGAUGUGGUGGAAACACCUGCUAAUAUUGCUGUUACUGAGGAAUAAAGUGUGAAAUAUACUAGUUUUGCUUUGAUGCAAAUCAAGCC